AUGGCAGCAUUCCUUAUGGCCUUGGCAACUUGCCCCCGCUUGCGAGUGACUGAUAUUCAGAACAAUCAACUCCAAGGAAGUAUUCCAUCAAGUCUAUUUCUACACCAGAGAGUUCAAGUAAUUUCAUUGUGUCUCAAUAAACUCGGUGGUGAAAUGUGGAAAGGGCCAUGGUAUGUACCCGAACUCAGAGUCUUAAAUCUCAGGAACAAUAGCCUCGCAGGUAUAAUCACUCCUUCUGUUGGAAAUGCCACAAAUUUGCUGAACUUCAGUUUGUCUGGGAAUAGAAUCAAUGCCAACAUUCCAAAGGAGUUUGGUAAUCUAACCCAACUUACAGAAUUGUUCUUGUACGAUAAUCAAUUAACAGGUCCGAUUCCUAUAGCAUUGUUUAAUUUAUCGUCAUCACUUGCAUUAUUAAGAAUAUCUCUCAAUCAAAUUUCUGGUUGCCGAAUCACAAAGCUCAAUGUUUUGUCCCUAGUUGCCAAUAACAUAACUGGACCAAUACCAAGAAAUAUUGAUUGUUUUUCCAAGCUCGAGGCAUUGUAUACUGAAAAUAAUGCAAUAAGUGGGACUAUUCCUGCUUCAUUGGGCAAUAUUUCCACUCCGCAGUAUCUUGAUUAUCCAAACAAUCGCACAGUGGGGCAAGUUCCUCCAGAAUUAGGGAAGCUAUCAAAUUUGAGGAAAUUAAACUUUGGCAAUAGUUAUAAUCUUAUUGGCCAAAUUCCGAAGGCUAUCAUCUUUAACAUAUCUUCUUUGGAAAUGAUUGCUCUCAAUUUCAACAACCUCGGAAAUGCUUCCAAGCUUGAGGUACUGGCGCUAGACGGGAACUUUCUCGCAGGAACUAUUCCCAGUAAUUUAGGAAAUCUUCGUGACCUGCAACGACUUUACUUAGGUGGUAAUCAACUUUUCAAUGAACCAAGUAAACAUGAGUUACGAUUCUUCAAUUCUUUAGUGGAUGGUAGGAUGUUGCAAGUUACAGAAAUGAGUUCCAAUCUGUUGAAUGGCGUUCUCCCCAGUACAAUUGGAAAUCUUUCAUCUACUAUUGAAGCAUUUCAUAUAGGAGAUGUACACAUCAGUAGCCUCAUUCCCACAAGUAUAGGAAACAUAAGCGGUAUAAUGAUGCUUAGUUUUGAGGGAAACAACUUGAUGGGAACCAUUCCUUCUGAGAUUGUAAGCUUGAACAACUCCAAGGUUUAUUUCUAG